AGCUCAGAAGACGAAUAUCAGUAACUGAGAACUGACAGGAUGACCACUAGGAAUUUGACAGUAGGAACGAUCAUCUUACUACAGACAUUUGGAAUCCUGGGGAAUUUCUCUCUUCUUUACCACUAUCUCUUCCUUUAUUUCACUGAGUGUAGGCUAAGGUCCACAGAUUUGCUUGUCAAGAACCUGACUGUAGCCAACUCCUUGGUCCUGUUCUCUGGCGGAUUCCAUGAUACAAUGUCACGUUUUGGGUGGUAUCAGGUCUUCAAUGAUUUUGGAUGCAGAUUUUUCCCCUAUGUUCGUGCAGUGGGCAGGGUUGUGUCCAUUGGCACCACCUGCCUCUUGAGUGUCUUCCAGGCCACCAUGAUCAGCCCCAGGAACUCCAGGUGGGCAGAUCUUAAAGUGAAAGUUCUCAAGUGCAUUGUCCCUUCAAUUUUCCUGUGCUGGAUCCUGCACAUGCUGAUAAAUGUCAUUUUUCCUAUGUUUGUGAGUAGUAAUUGGAGCCACAAAAACCUCACAAACAGAAAAAGUUUUGGACACUGUUCUUCUGUUCGUCAUGACAAAACCAGAGACUUAUUAUAUGCAGCAUUGCUAUCAUUCCCUGAUGUUUUCUAUUUGUUCUUCAUGCUCUGGGCCAGCGGCUCCAUGGUUUUCAUCCCGUACAGGCACAAGCAGAGGGUCCAACACAUUCAUAGGACCAGCAUGUCCUCCAGAUCCUCCCCUAAGUCCAGAGCUACCAAAACCAUCCUUCUCCUGGUGAGCACCUUUGUCUGUUUUUACACCAUUUCCUCCAUUGUUCAUGUGUGUAUGGCUCUUUUUAACAAUCCUAACUGGUUUCUUUUGAACAUCACUGCGAUAAUCAAUAUGUGUUUCCCAACUGUCAGCCCCAUUCUGUUCAUGAGCCGUGACUCCAAUGCAUCCAGGCUCUGCUUUGUCUUUAUAAGGAAUGCAAAAUGCCCUAAUUUGAUCAGAAAUAUGUGA